GCAACUGCUUUGAAGCUUCUCCUCUCUCUCUCUCUCUCACUCAAAGAGAGAAAAAUGGACUUCUCCCCCAAGUCCUGGCGUGCUCGGAAGCCUCCGCCGCCGAAAAAUUCCGACCUUUAUUCCACGGUGGUGAUCCACGACAAAGACGGCGCCGCAUCCAAAGAGCCUGAGCCCGGAGCGGACAUCUACGCCACGAUGUUGUACAAGGACGACGCCGCCGAGGACGAGGAGGAAUCGCUGCCUCCUCUAUUGAAGCGCCUCCCCAAGGACUUCGGCGGCGGCGGGGACGACAUCGACGACUCCGACGACGACGCCUCUAUCUCCGGCACGAUGAUUGUCAAAACCGAUCGGAGGAAAUCGAGCUUCUCCGGUAGGAAUUCCAGUGCCUCAUCUUCCUAUUCUAAGCCGCGGAGCGUGGCUGCAGCUCCGGUUUGGGAGAGGAGAAGCCCUAGGGGAGGAAUUGGGAGCGACGAGGAGGAAGAGGAGGAGGAGGAGAAGGAUGGGGAUUUCUCGACGUUUGUGGUGAGGAGGAGAGAUGAGGACGGGGAGAAGGAGGAUGAAGAUGAGGGUAUGGGGACGAUUGUGAGGAAGGGGGGUGGUGGUGGAGGCGGGGGGACGAUGCGGAGGGCGGUGGAGAGUAUGCAGAAAGUUGGAGAUAUUGGAGGGAUGGGAUAUGGGAGAGGGAAGAAGAGCAGCGGUGGUGGUGGAGAUGGGGUUGGCGGCACGAGGACUCACGGAAGUGGGAAGAUUUCAUCAAGCUCGAUAGCCGAGUGCAUUGCCAGAGAGGAUCCUUCUACCAAGUAUGAGUUGCUCCAUGAGCUCGGGAAGGGCUCAUAUGGGGCAGUCUACAAGGCUCGAGAUUUAAGGACCUCAGAAUUAGUUGCUGUCAAAGUGAUAUCAUUGUCAGAAGGGGAGGAGGGUUAUGAAGAAAUUCGUGGGGAAAUUGAGAUGUUGCAGCAGUGUAGUCAUCCUAAUGUUGUUCGUUAUCUUGGGAGCUAUCAAGGAGAAGAGUUUCUCUGGAUAGUAAUGGAGUACUGUGGGGGUGGAAGUGUUGCUGACUUAAUGAAUGUUACCGACGAGGCUCUUGAGGAGUAUCAAAUAGCAUAUAUUUGUAGAGAAGCUUUGAAGGGUCUAUCAUAUCUGCACUCAAUUUUCAAGGUGCAUAGAGAUAUAAAAGGUGGUAAUAUUUUGUUGACUGAGCAAGGAGAAGUCAAGCUGGGUGACUUUGGAGUGGCUGCACAGUUGACAAGAACUAUGUCCAAGCGCAAUACGUUCAUCGGUACGCCACAUUGGAUGGCCCCUGAAGUUAUUCAAGAAAGCCGUUACGAUGGAAAGGUCGAUGUGUGGGCUCUUGGAGUGUCUGCAAUUGAAAUGGCCGAGGGACUUCCUCCAAGAGCAGCUGUUCAUCCUAUGAGAGUAUUGUUUAUGAUUUCAAUUGAACCUGCCCCAAUGCUUGAAGAUAAAGAGAAGUGGUCGCUUGUAUUUCAUGACUUUGUUGCAAAGUGCCUGACGAAGGAGCCACGACUCCGACCCACAGCAGCUGAAAUGCUGAAGCACAAAUUCAUUGAAAAAUGUAGAAGUGGAGCAUCAGCAAUGGUCCCAAAGAUUGAGCAGGCAAAGCAAGUUAGGGCAUCAAUGGCAUUGCAAACACAAGAAGUACCUUCAGAUAGGACACUGUCGAGAGAAGGGCCGGCAGGAGAUUCAAGUGAACCAAUACUAAAUACUGUUCCAUCAAAACGUCCGGAUGGGCAGCAAGCUUCUGCACCUGGCAUAAAUGAUACAGUAAAAAAAGCUGUAGAAGGUGAUUUUGGAACUGUAAUAAUCCAUGAUAGAGCUGAUACUGGAAAAACUGCUACUGUGCCGCCAUCUACACGAGCAGAAGAUUCCGGUCCUGCUACGGGACAUGUUGGAAAACCCCCAGUCAGUGGACCUGGUGAUAAAACUAAAGACUCUCGGAUUGGGACUCCUCCCAUCACUGGAAUCCCGACAACGGAGCAAAAUACUGAAGUAAAUAGCAUAUCACAAGUAGCUGUUGGCAGUAGCUUGAGCGAUCCUUUAGCUGCUAGUGAAACUGUCAGUAGAAAAGCAUUAGACAAGCUUUGGUCCAUAUACACUGCUGGUAAUACAGUACCGAUCCCAUUCUUAAGGGCAACCGACAUAUCCCCAAUUGCACUCUUAUCCGACAACGUGCUUGGGGGAUGGCCUGGGGAUAGCAGCGAAAGCAUAGCUGUGGAGGCAAUGCAUGAGCUCUUUUCUGGUGACACCCAGCCUAAGAAGGGUAGAAGCAGACAAAAUGAGGUGCCCCUGCCCCCAGGCGUGUAUCAGAGAUUGAAUUCCAGUCCGACUCUGAUGAAUCUUGCUCAGGCAUUAUCAUACCACAAAAUGUGCUAUGAGGAGAUGCCGCUUCAAGAAAUGCAGGCAGUGCAGGAACAACAGACCAUUCAAAACCUUUCUGAUACCCUUCGGACUAUUCUACGAUUGUAGUGUUUCUAAUCUUUUUUGAAAUAGAAUCUUGAUUGUGUGCUGUUGCAAAUAGUUUUUCAAGGUUUACUGACUGAAUUCAAUGCACACCAUUUGAAAUGAUUGUAAUUCUGAAACAGUAAUUUUUUUUUGCCAA